UGGGGGGGGGUCGUGUCAAUAUGUCCCGCCCCCACAAUACAAGCACAACCUCUAAUGAAGAGGCAGCAGAAAACCUCCAUUUAUUCACUGGAUCAAGACCUGCUGAGAAUUAUUUUUUAUUCUUUUCAAGUCUGCUAGGAGUGGAUCUCUGGCCGUAGCCAUGGUUCUGUGCGGUGAGGGCGACUGCAGUGUUUGCCUGCUGGCCUUCUCGCGGGCGGAGCGGGUCCCGCGGCUGCUCCACUGCAGACACACCUUCUGCCAGCCCUGCCUGGAGACCCUCAUGACGCGGGCCAGGAACGGCCUGCUCACCGUAGGCUGCCCCCUGUGUCGCCGCGUCACCUGCAUCCGGCCGGGCCUCAGCCUGCAGGAGGCGCUGUGGGUCAACAGCGGCCUCUGGGAGCAGAUACCCGAGGACGACAACGUGCUGAAAGACGAAGCCAACAACCACAAGACGGAAGCCUCGUUCCAAGGAGCAUGCCAAGCAGAAUGCAUUCCCCGCCGGAAGCGUGUGAAGUUUGGCAUCUUCUUCUGGAGGAAGCUGAGGCUGACCAGGCGCUCUCCUGAGAGGAUGGUGGCCAGCAGCAACGUGGAAAUGAAGUCCUGGCGCAGACUUUCCAGUGAAGAUGAUGAAAAACACUCCAGUUUGGGAUGUGGAGGCCGUUGACAUGCCCCCCCACCCCCGUGUCCCGCUUAUUAUUUAUUCUAGGCUGAGUUCUCCCAGCUGCUGCUGUGGAUUUGCUUCAGAGAGCAGAUGGUCUCACUCUUCAACACAAAAUAAUAAAAACUACUUUUUUAUUUAUGACAACCACAGUAGUGUGUACUUCAUUUGUGUACGUUAGAGGACAGCAGCGUUUGUGGUGGGCUCCUUCAUCACACCACAACAAGGUUAC